AUGAGUCACAAGUACCAGUGGAGGUCUGGUUAUCAAAGAGAGAAACAUAAAGGUAACAGAGAAGAAAUCAACAAUGCUACAGUCCAAAAGCUCCUGCAGAAAACACUCAACUGGACCCUGAAUAAUUUUGGGGAGGUGAAUGCAAGCACCAAUGGCUGGAGGCCCCAGAAUUCACGUCCCUACUUUCCGGAUCUCCAACAGCAGCCAGGCGACUCCCCCACAGGUGAGCCCCAGCUGCUGCGCUGCUGCAGUAACGGCGGCACCUGCGUGCUGGGCAGCUUCUGCGUGUGCCCCGCCCACUUCACCGGCCGUUACUGCGAGCACGACCAGAGGCACAGCGAAUGCGGCUCGGUGAAGCAUGGAGCCUGGACCUUCCUCGGCUGCCGCCUUUGCAGGUGUGUUUUCGCAGCCCUGCACUGCCUCCCCCGCCAGACACCCGGCAGCUGCGACCUGGAAGACUUUCUUGCUGCAAGGUCUAAUGGAGAAAGAACACAACACAUACUGAGUGUUCUCUUCCUCCUCCCCUGCUUGCUCGUACAAAGCAUCCUUAGUGAAGCGGGAGACUCCUGACUGGAUCUUAGAGGACCUAACUCGCAGUUCCACACCGGAAGAGCCUUGGUGUUCCCAGCACAAGCUUGAGCAAGCAUGGUUCUCUGUGGGAAAGCCAGGGCUGUGCAUCCACAUCGUUUUCUGUGUUGUAGGUAAUAGAUUUGUUUCAUUUCCUAGAACUGAAGCAUUAGGUGAAUAUUUUUAUUGUUUAAUAAAUAUUUUCAUGAAACAGA